AUGGAGGUGAAUUUUUCGAACCUGUCGAUCAGUGAUAAUAAGGAAAAUGAAAUGGAUUUAAAUAUACUCGGGUUGUCGAUUCAGGAUGGUAAUCCUUCGAAGAAAUAUAUGAAUUAUUUGCCUGUUAAUCCAUCUCCUUUGAGACAAAAUUUCAAUGAAUUGGCGUCCUAUGACGAAAUGGAGAUAGACACCGAAGAUGUUGUCGAGUCGAAUGAUGUUGACGUUUUGUUCAAGGAUAAUCUGAAUAUUGUACAUGAAGAGACGGAAGAAUUAGAUGAACUUGAAGUGGAAAUCAAUGAGAAUGAAGAGAUUUACGAUGAAAAGGAAUUAUCCCUACCAAAGAAGAACGUUAUCAAGGCACUCUUGUCUCCGACACAACUGGGUGCCGCAGCUGCUGCAACUGCAUACAAGGGAGGUCGAGAACUGACCCCGGAAGAACUAAAGAACGUAUUGAAAGAAAGAUCAAAAUUACAACCUAUACAGGUACAGAUCAACAACAAUAAUUAUCAUUUCCAUGGUGAAAUUGAGCCAAAUAGAGGUGUAGAAGAAAGUCUACCGAACCCUUGGUCAUCGCAAUCUUUGCCUAGUUCGAAGAAAAUUUACAACUUAAUUUCAUAUUCUCAGUUUUUAAUGAAUUCAUUUUCAAUUUCCAUAAUAUUCAUGUUUAUUGUAAGAACAAUCAAAUCCGAUUUGAAUUCUACAUGGUACAAAAACAAGCUGACUCUAAUAAAUGAAUCCUCAUUUUGUUCCAAACAGUACAUCUUAAACAAUUGCCAAAUCAAUGGUAAAUUGCCUGCAUUGUCAGAUGACUGUGAAACGUGGUACAAUUGCAUGAAUAGAAACAACGAUUUAAUAUUCAAUAACAAAUCCAUAUUAAUGUUCAACCUGUUUGGGAAUCUAAUUAACUCCUUCAUCGAGCCAAUAGGCAUAAAGACUCUCGUUGUUCUACUGCUGGGUGUACUCAUCUGGUUUUUCACAUCAAAUUUCUUGAUGGGGUUCCUAAGAGCCAAAUAUUACUACGGCGAUUCCACAACUAGUCACAUCAAAUCAUCACAACAACAGGACCAAAACCAACUCGAAUUGAUCCCGCAUAACAAGCAGUUCUGA